GGCUCGGCUGGGAGCUCGCGCCGCGUAUCGAGACAGAGCUAGUAGCAGCGGCAGCCGGAGAAAAAAAACAGAAGAGCCGAUCAGUGGACGGAACAGCCGAGCGAGCCCAUUUUCACCCAGUUUUCCGCCUGGGAGACAGGGCAGGGGGUGGGCUGGAGGCUCGGCUACAGAAGAAUGAGAAAGCCCUCUUACCGGACGGGGCGAAAAUAUGAACGGGCCCGUGUACAUUUCGUUUUUCCAGGGCCAACUGGAGUCGGUGCUGGAGCAAGUCGUUCAGCUCGCCGUCCAGGAAAUAAGCAAGACGGUUGGCUCCAGUCUGAACGCGCUGCUGCUGGAGACGGCCGUCAAGGAGCAAGAAAACCGUCGGCUCAGGCUCCAGCUGCAGUCGCGGGAGAGCCGCGGCAGAGCGAACGCGGACUCCACUGACGGCGGGGGCUCCGCGGCGGGCGCUAAGAGCAAGGCUGGCGAUGAGAGGGCGGACGGUGGCAGGACAAAGCCCGAGCAGCACGCCCCCGGAGGGCCGGGCACCGACACACGCCGACUGGAGCAGAGAGGACGAGUCGUGGACCAGCUGAAAUCAGUCAUGCAGCAGGUCCUGGACUUUGCUGUGCGCGAGCUGACCAAGAUUGUGGAAGCUUCGUUUGACGACCUCCUGCUGGAGAUCACCAAGAUGGAGAGAGAGCAGCACGUCCUGCAGGAGAACCUGGGAAGGAGCUCAGAGAGAGGAGGUGGAGAAAAGGACAGAGGUGGAACUGGGGGGAGAAGAAGAGGAUCAGAGAAUGACUCUGUGUCUCCUAGUGGCUCAGAGGACGCACGUGAAGACCCGACCGAGGUACCGGUGUCCAAAGAGAAGAAAGAAACAGAUGACCCAGAGCGCCCUCCUGUCCUCUCAGUUUCUCAAGACUGGGUUCCAAUCCUAGACAAAGUCUUUGGCCAAAAGUGGUGCAGUGACGUCUGGCACAUCAAAGAGCUUACUGGGGGAGACCGGAGCGGGGUGGCAGCCGAAGGUGGUGGGCAGGGUCUUGGUGUGGGAGGCGGGGGGCACAUGAAGCCUCUCUCUGUCCCUGUGACCCUGGAGCCUUCACCGUCCUCCCUUCAGCAGGAUCCCCGCUGGACUCCUCUGGAAGACAUGGAAGUGUUUUCUCCUGAUGAAGAAGACGCUACAGAGACACUUCAAACAAACACUGGGACGGGUACCAACAGUUCCACUGAACCCCCUUCUGGACCCCCUCUCAGCCCUACAGGGUCUUCAAGUCGUCGCUCCUCGGCCUCCAUGCUUCAUCGUCUCUUGACACUGCCAUCUCAACUCCUAGACGAGGAUGAAGACGCAUCUGCUAAGGAAACCCUGUCAGCUCUGGCAAACGACCGUGCCAAUGAUGGCCAUGAUGGCAUUGAACCACUUGUUCAGACCUGCCAUUCACCUUUGAUUGCGCGGGAGGAAGAUGAGGAGGAGGAGGAGGAAGAAGAGGAAGAGGAUAAAGGGAGAAAGAAGAAAAGACGAAGAGUUUGGUCGGAGUGUGAAGAGUGUGGGCGGAGGUUUAGUCGAAUGUCUCUGUUGAAGGCACACCGUCAGACUCAUGUCACUGAAAACACAGCUGCUGACACAUCAUCCCCCUCAUCUCCACCUGGCAGCGCUGCCUCGGCCCUACGCUGCUCAGAGUGUGGCAAAAGGUUCUCCUCAGCCACCCGCCUUCACAGCCACAUCCGGACCCAGCACCCAGUAAACUGGUCCUGAUCCAGGACUGAGCCCAGUGAGCACCUGGGCAAAACUGGAAACCAAUACAAACAGGAUAAAAUAAAGGCUAGACAUAACAAGACCAGGUUCACAGACCGACCACAGAACAAAACUAGGAUCCACUGGCCAGAGACCAGAUCAGAACCAGAGACAAAAGCUGUAAAAAACCCAAAUAACCUUUUUGACCAGUCCACUUUGAUGACACUUUGACACUUAAACCAUAUUUACACAUUUAUUAAAAUGUGUUUUUGAAGAUCAUAAUAAUAAAAGUUUAAACUACCACGUAAAACAUUCUCCUUGCAAAGAAUGCCGUAAAAAAGUCUCAUCACUGCAGUAAGUGGUGGUUGAAAUGAUAAAAGCACACUAGAGCUGAAGCUUGUCUGGGUGCAGAAGGCACAACUGUGCAUCAUGUGUUUGUGGAAAUGACUGAGCACUAGCAAAAUCUGUCUGAUGGACAUGUUACAGAUACAUGUGUAUAUAGAGACAAAACAAGCAUUCAUCAAAUGGUACCGAUGGUUUUAUUCUAAUUGUUAAAGUCAACACAUCCAGAACAUUGUUUUUAAAAACAGUAUUUUAUUUGAUACCUUAAAUAUAUUAUUUACACUGGCAUAGAAACAAUUCACAAGCAAUGAAAUAAAUGUUCUUCUGUCUCAUCUCAUUAGACAGACCUCAUCUGGAAAAUAAUUGUUAUAUUAAUAUAAUUACGAAUAUUUAUAUAGCAGUGCAUUACAUUCACAAUAGUUAAAAGUUCCAGCUUAGACAUCUUGGACUUUACGUAUACUAACGUUAAAGCUAAAAAUUUAUUAUGGUUAUUAUAAAACAUGAGUCUCACAGGGUACAUAACAAGUGCUUGAAACAAUAACCAUAUAAAAAGUAAAAUCUGAGAAAGUAAAAAUACCAAAUUUAAAAGGGAACAAAGUGUCAAAAGCGUCUCUGGAGGAAGGUCAAUGAUGGGUUAUCACAUGAUGGCUGGUUCUCUUUUGUAUUCAUUUCCAGCUUUUCAAUAAUACCCAAAUUCAUUCUAGUUACGAUUCUUAUGUGUUUUAUUAGCUUCAAAACAUUCAGGUAGCAUCUUAUGUGUUCCUACAUUACAGGGCUUUAGUCCCAAAGAAAACCAAAACAUUCAGCAAAGGUUCAAGCUGUUAAUAGUUACUAGCAUAGGGAAGCUAGGAGAGCAUAACUGCAUAGGAGUUUUAACAAUCAUUUCAGGGACUUGUAAAAAAAAAUAGACAUAGACAAGAUCUUUCUGUAAGAAUUCUGCAAGGAUUCAAAUUAAUUACACUUUUGAACCCUUUUAAAUGGCAUCAGAUGAAAACAUUUCCUUCAGAUGAAGAGGAGAAUGGCCAUGGGAAUUGAACUGCACCCAGAAAGUAAGGAGAGGUUCUUGACAGAAGCCUCAGAGCGGAGGUGAUGAAGGGGGUGGCAAAAAUAUUUAAAAUCCACAGGUGAAAACACUUUCACCUACUGUACAUGCUCCCGGACAGUAAAACAAGCUCCAAUGACUUUGGAGGUGACUUCUGUUCCUGUCCUCUUCCUCCCCUCACUCUCCCGUUCAUUUUUGUGUUUUUUUGAACAAUGUGUUCAGUGUGGAAGGCAACACUCAUAAGAGGUGGUGACUUGAUUUUUCUAUUUGUUUUUAAGUGCCCUUUAUGUUUUUUAAGUUAACGGACUCCACCUUCUCUUGAACAAAUUUCAGUGGUGACCGUUUGUAUUUUUGUUGUUAAAUUGACAUUUUUUGACGAUAUUCCAGAAUGUCGUGUCACUACUUGUUCGGGAAAAGACACAGUACGGGAUGAACUACAUGUGCAACUGUGACAUCGUUUGUUUGCACUCAUUGAAUGUGAAUCUCAGUGGUUUGUAUCUUUUAUAUGUUGUACAGUUUGUACUUUUCAAAUGGAACUAAUGUAAUGAGAGAAAGGAGGACAAGAGGAUUUUUUUUUAUUAUGCAAUGGUUUACUCCUCUCCUUUCAUUCCUUUCUUUAACACCCUCAUCUUUUACUCCUGUUUGGUUUUGUAACCUCAAGUCCACACACAGAUACCUCCAGACAAACAAACACAACCACAAAGGUUUUCUGCUGGAAAUUAUGAUAGCACUAUUUCUGCAAUCUCUGGCUUUAACUAAUGGUGUCCUUUGUUUUGUUCAGGUUAGAGCUAUUCUAAAUUAAAUAUGACCCAAUAUGAGUGCAAUUUUUGACUUAUCAAACCGAAAAUUAAAUUUGUAAAGGAAAUAAUUUGUGCCAAUGCUAAAGGCCUAGCAACUACAAAGUAAACCCUAAAAAAUGUCCAGAAACCAACAUAUAUACAUAUAUUGUUGUUCUAUGAUAUCAAAACUUGAAGAUUGUAAAAAUUCAAAACCGUGUAAUGUUUUUUUUUAACUAGUUUUAAAUAAGAGAUGUUCAGUGAGUUGAUCUGUUGUCAACACUGAAUACAAGACUUAUGCCAUCACAAAUUAUUUUGUAAUGUUUAAUGAAGACUGCCAUGCAAUGAAGUGCUGUCAUGGUAUGAAGGUCACUUUCAUGUCUGAUCUGAUUUUAACCAUUAAAGAUAACAUCAUUA